UCUGCGUCUCCACGUGUCGGCGUCAGUUGCUAGGAGUCGCUCUCCAGCCUUCAAUUCGGAGCGGCGAGAACAUGGCGCAGAGCCUGCAGCGCGCUCUCGCUCAACUAGAGUCGAACGUCAAGCUUGAGGUCUUCCUACAGACGUCGUUCGUGCUACUCAAGAUACUACACAACAUCAUUUCCAAUCCGGACGACGAGAAAUACCGCCGUAUUCGUCGCGAAUCUAAGCUUCUCGGUCAGAGCGGUGCCGAAGAUGUUCUCCGUGAGGUCGGAUUCCAGGAACAGGGAGAUUUUUUGGUGUGCGCGAUGGAGGGCGACGCUCUGAAAGCGCUCGUCGAGGCGAUUCGAUGUAUUUUUCAGUAUCGGAGACGGUAUAACGAGCUGAGUGCCUGGGAGAUACCAACCGGUUGGUUGACGUUCAACGAACGUGUCGGGAAAGGAAAGUUUGGCGAGGUUUAUCGUGGAAGCUGGGAUUUAGAGCCAGUAGCUAUCAAGACGUUAAGACCCAAGUGCGAGGACUACGCCGUGGACCAGUUCAAGAGAGAGGCGAAUAUAAUGAGACAAUGUAAACACACGAACGUUCUAUCAUUACGCGCAGUGUGUCUCUUCGUCGAGCCUUCCUAUUUGGUUCUGGAUUUGAUGAGGUGCUGUUAUCUCGACUUACUGAGAGAGGGAGCACUGGGAGAGAGACAGCAUUUAGAUGAUAUUACUCAAGUUGCUGCCGGCUUAGAAUACCUUCAUCAUAUCAACAUUCUUCACUGCGAUAUAGCAGCCAGGAACAUAUCCACUUGUUUGUGA